AUGGCAAGUGAUGACUUGAACAACAUUGCAUACAACGAAAAAUUCUUUGUAGAUUCAACUUGUGAUGAUGAUGAAACCAAACUAUCACAAAGAAAGGUUUUCAUCAACUUCAUAACAAACUCAAUUUCACAUUACACAAAUCAUGAUGUAAACAAAUUCACUCUCAAACUUUCGAACCCUCAAACUUGUAGCGACACAAUUGAGCGUUGUAUUAUUUUUGCAACGCAACGCGGGGUUAAAGAAUUAACCCUCGAUUUCUCUAAUCCCAAAUUGAAUGAAAAUAAUUUCGACAAUCACGAUGUUUUGUUUCAUUUACCAAAACAUAUUUAUCAACUCGGCUCAUCGCUCGAAUCAAUGAAAUUGUAUUCGUGUGGUUUUUCUAUGCCCGAGUAUUUUUUUAAGUUUAGUGCACUCAAAGAUGUUUCUUUGGGUUAUAUUGAAGUUAGAAUCGACACCCUCAAAACUUUGUUAUCAAGUUGUAGGACUAUUGAGAAUUUGAGUCUUGAAAAGUGUUGGAAUUUGAAACACUUUGAUUUGGGUGAUGAACCAAUUAGGUUGAAAAAAUUCGUAGUAGAUAAGUGCAAUAUAGAUUCUGAAUAUUUGAAAUUGAAUGCACCAAAUCUUAAGUAUUUUAAAUAUUGUGGAGUUGUGUUUACUUCGGAUAUAAAUCUAAGGCCACAUGUUAUUGAAGAGGCAGAUAUUGAUUUUGCCCUAGAAUCAGAAUUCUAUGAACGGGGCAAUGAAUUGUGCAAAAUAUUGCAAGAUUUAUUUCCAGCCAAGAUUCUAAGAGUUUGCAGUUAUCUACUCCAGGUUGUUCCUUCUGAAGAUGAACCAUUACGUUUACAAAGUGAGUUGAAUGUAAAACAUUUGAUAUUAAAGACCGCAAUGCAUCCUAAUGAAUUUUGCGGAUUCGAAUUCUUACUCAAUAGUUGCCCUUUCUUGGAAAAACUCACUUUGGACAUAGCACCAACACUUAUUUUUCAGGAUUAUACACCUCCCUUUGAUGAUAUGGACCUGAACAAAUUUUGGCAAAGUCGUAGAGUGAUUGCACAAUGCUUAAGAAGAAGUUUGAAGGUGGUGGAAAUAGUUGGAUCUAGAGCCACACAAGAUGAACUCAUUGCUUACUGUUUUUUUAUGCAAGCAGGGAGAGUUUUAGAACAUAUUAAUAUCAAUCUUUAUAAUCAAGAUGCUUUUCAAGAAAUGCGUCGUGGACGUGCACAACUUUUACUCAAUUCUCCAAAGGCUUCCAAAAAUUUGCAAAUAUCAAUUAAAUGA